UGAUGAAAGCGUGGAGUUACUAGCUUCUAGAGUUUCUCUUCGUGUUCCUCGUGAUAGUGACAUUUCACAACGCUCUGGUUAUUUUCAGCAAUAUACCGGUUCCCGCACCACCGCGUUAUUAGUUCCAGUACUGCAUUUUAGGAGCGGAUGUGGCUUCGGAGUGAAGGCCGCUUGUUCGGCAUCGUGUUUGUGCUUUUCAACGUCCUGUUGGCCAUCUUCAACGUCCUCAACUAUAGAGUCGCCUCUCGUGCAACCGUCCCUUGCGUCGUGAUCGUUGCCCCUACGCCGCCACCUCCAGCCGUCGCCACACCGAACACACCACAGACGUUACACCGCCGCGGGAAACCGAUCCUCACGACAUCAUCUGCAUCGCUUUCAUGGACAGAUCUCCCUGUCACUGAAGAUGGCAAUUCCAGCUCGACUCCACACACCCGACAUCUGGUGGUCAGAAAUACAACAGAGCAAGAGGUGACAGCACCUUCUAACAUUAGCUUGCUAUGGGACAUCGAGAGGAGGGACAAGUACACAGUUGUCAAGCGAUACAUUCCCGCAGAAGGUGCCGAACCUGGUUUCAACGAGAGCGUCACCCUCUGCACGCAAGGCACUUACGAGUUCCUGCAGCACGUUCCAGAGCUGUGCGAGCGCUGGGAGGGCCCACUUUCUGUCUCUGUAUACGCCCCAGGUACAGAUCUACCGGUAGCUGUUCGGAAAAUUCUGUUUUUGCGAACUUGCGGAGCUCCCUGCGUUCGGACAAAUGUCACGUGGCACCUGGUUUACGAAACCGCGCUGGGACCGGAUCGCCUGGAACUACCCCGGGAGGCAGCAGAAAUGGAGGCCUACGAGCCCUUGGAUUGUUCUGCCGGCACAAAGCCCUUGCAGCUAGUCUCCGAGAUUAGAAACUCCAAGAAACUUCCUUAUCCAAUCAAUGUGGCCCGCAAUGUGGCACGUCAGCUGGCCCGCACUCGGUAUGUCUUGGCGUCGGAUAUCGAACUUUACCCAAGUCUUCAUAUCGUACCAAGGUUCCUGAAUCUGGUUGCUCGUCUGGCAAAGAAGGAAGAAGGCAAACCGAAAACGAGGCGAGUCUUCACACUGCCCAUCUUCGAGGUGAAGAAAGAGUUUCCAGCCCCGAAGACGAAGGAAGAACUAGUAAAAAGAGUGCGUGAAGGACAUGCCAUUUUCUUCCACAAGUGGGUAUGCGACGCAUGCCAGAAUUUUCCCAGGCGCGACCAGUGGUUGAAGAGUCUUCCCGAAAGUGACGGAGAUGAUAGCCUGGGAGUGUUCGAAGUGACGAAGCGUCAGAUGCCCCGCACUGCCUGGGAACCCAUAUACAUCGGCACCAACGACGAGCCGCUCUACGACGAGCGCCUUACUUGGGAGGGCAAGCGAGACAAGAUGUCGCAGAUGUAUGAAUUGUGCCUCCUGGAUUAUGACUUUUACAUCUUGGAUAAUGCAUUCCUUGUCCAUGCUCCAGGUAUCAAAACCCUCAGCAGUGUGGACCAGCGACGGCGUGCUCCUUUUAUGUACAAAAACAAUGCAGUGCAUAACAAGCUCCUGGCCCAAAUGAAGAAGAAGUAUGGACCAAGGAAAGGCUGCUGACGAAAUCGGUAGCUAAAAGACUCGUUUUCUAGUCAUUCCUCUGUGAUCUCCUGACUUGAAAAGUGUUGUACUUGUCCCAACGCCUGGUGCAACAUUUGUGAACCAAGGAUAGUGGGCUGGACAAAAAGGAUUGCUAUCGUACAACUGGCAUGUGCAUCUGUAUUUAUGAAUAUUUAUAAGAAAACUUAUAAGAAGACGUCGAUUUAUAUCGAAAUGGAAAUAGGGACGUGAGUUUUGUUUCGCGUUUUGUUGUUGGAAUGGAUUUGAAGUUCCAUAUUGUUAAGCUGGUUGGUACUCUGGAUGGAAGACUGAACUGCAGCCGACUGAAAAUAUAUAUUGGCUGGAAACUGAGAAGCUUAUAUUUGAUUUAACGAAUGAUUUAUGUUCUCUUGCUAUAUGGUGUUAUUUUUUGAAGUUUUGGUACUUCGUCAUGUUCUGGUGGCUUCGUUUAGAAUUUGCCUUCUGAAUGCUAAAGUGGUACUGGACUUUUCGAUUAAGGCAAUACUAAUUGCUUUGCAAAGUAUUACAUCAAAGGCAAAGCGUAUAUGAGCUAAGAAGAGGUAAGCGUUUUUUGGAUAAACUAUGCAGACUGAGAAAACCGAAUUUAAAUUUGCAUUAAGUGAUACACUGCAAUGUCUUGCGCUGUUGCUACGUUAAAUUUAUAUUUUGUUGUUUCGUCACUUGUUACGUUGCAGUAAGGGCAUAUGCGAUGAUAAAUAUGCUUUUCCUGGCAUCCAGUGCAAAAAGUGUUCCUCAUUUUAUUCUGUUAUUGCAGUAUCUGUUUCGAACAAUUUAGGCACUGCGUAAAUUUAUUGUACUGCAUACAAAGUUUUAGCUGUUUCAACAGCUAAAUAUUUUGUUUAGCCCUUCAGUUUGUUUUUAUAUACCAUCUAAGAACAUGUCUUGCUGUAAUUAAAGUAUUAUUUAUUGCUUGUA